AUGGCUAAAGGGGUACAUGCCACUGGUUUCAUCACUUAUCUGGUGAUUUUCUUGAUUUUGACAGUAGGAAUAUCAAGAGUAAAGACUGAGCAGCCGCCAUGUAAUGAGGGUCGAGUCGCAUAUGUGUCACCUGAUUUUUGUAUUGAUAGUAUAUGCACACGAGACUGCACCCUUGAUGGUGUUUAUAGCAGCGGCAAAUGUGGAAUUGAGCGGUCAAAACCAGUUUGCAAAUGUUAUGGAUGCAAACAGGUGUAG